UUUGCACCCUUCGCAGCUGGGAAUCGGAUGUAAGUGCGCCCCAAACCGGAAGACCAUAUUGCCAAAUGGGCAUGAUGAGCUGCUUGAUGACGAUAGCAUUGAUUUCGUUAGGCAGCCGGCUUUUUGGGCCAGCAAGCCACUCCAGUUUGGCCGCUCUUGAUCGGAGUUUUGUGCAGAGCGUCGUGAUGUGUGAGCUUAGGGUACUGGAUCAUCGUCGUCGUCUGGAGCAGUGUGUUUGGCACGGUGCGCAACCGUACGGCGCUGGAUGAGCGCGUGUGUAAGGUGCGGCAGGAGACGUGGACAAUGCACAGCGCCGUGCAGAGUGGAUGGAGCGAUCGCCGUGGUCCUCCAGGUGGCCCGGGAUUCGGCCAAAUUUGUGUGGCGAUGGUUGCCAGCAGCCAUGAAGUGCAGGAAAACCACCCCUGCGUGGAUUCGGAUGCGCCAUGUGUGCAGCGCAAGCGUGUCCAAAUUUGCAUUCAUGGCCAACCAGCAGCCGUGAUGACUCUCGUCCGCGGAGCCCUUCUGGAGGCCGGAUGCCGUGGUGACGCCCAUGAGGAAGGAUCAGAGGAGCAACUAGGGGUGUCGCCCGGUGUCGCAAGCGUGUUUGUACACGCUUCAGGUACAACGACAAUGUCCACCACAGGAAUAUUGGACUUGCUGCGGCCGGAUUGCGGCGUCCCAAUAAUCGGCGCCUUGCUGCACCAAAGUGCGGAGUGUCUGUGGCGGUGUGUGCAAUGUGCCGGCCGGCAUCAUCGUCGUUGUUGUGUUCGUCGUCAUCUGAGAUGGAUUGGACAUCGAUGAUGAUUUGGACGUCGU